AAAUGAUUGAGUACAAAGUAUGGGUCAAGUUGUCCUCAGUUCUCACUUAUUUGUAAUUCACGUGGUGAUUAGAUCCGAGACAAUCAAUCAACCGACAAGCAUCCAGAACGUGAAGCUCUCCAGCUCCUCACACCCACCACCACUCCCCUUUCCUCUCUUAUUACACACACCACACUGGAUGAUUCGCGCAAUUCAGAAUGGGGGCCUCUGACUCGAAGCUCGUAUUCAAGAAGGGCAUCUUCAGACUUUCGGAGGAUAAAGUCAUCCCCGCUGAUGAUCCAUAUUGGGCAUCUUUCUGGGAACUCCCUGAGUCCACUGAAGACAUAUUCAGUCUCUUUUCACCGAACGAUAUACGGCGGACGCGCGAUACGGCCCUGGAGAAUCUAGAGACGCUGUUUCUUGCCAUCACAAGCCGACUGUUCAUACUCCGACACCACCCUUCAUUUCCAGAUCCCGAGCUUGCGCCAGAGCGAGAUGCGCUGAACUGCAUACGGAUCCUUACGCGGAUCCUACCCUAUAUCUAUGAGGCGGAACAACUACAGGCAUGGGAAGAUAAGUUCUUCUGGGGGGUGAGGAGGAAGCGGACACGAAAAGCGUCACUGGCUCGAGAUGUUCUAUUCGACGAAUCGCAGGAAGAACUUGCGAAAAUCGAGGCAGCGGGCGAAGAAUUCGAGGAAGUGAAGCCGCUUGCUGAGGAGCUGAUAGAUACGCUUGUCGACCUACUCUUCUUCGCAGAUUUUACACUUCCCAGACCGCAGAAUACGAAGAACAAAGUCACAUAUGCGAUAUGGCAGAGUGGUGUUGGGUGCAAUACGUCAAUUGGGACGAGUAAGGAGUUCGAGAGUAAUAGGACGGAGAUCUUGAGACUGCUUUUGACUAUGACCAGUCAGAGUAUGUAUACGUCUGCGAGUCUGCUACCGGUUCAGGGUGUCAAAGCGAUCAGCUAUAUUGUCACUUGCCCGGAUAAGCAAGUAGUCUUGUCGGUUCUUUGCUCUUUGCUCAAUACUACCCUGAAGUACAAUCCGGCUUCUUGGCGGGUUCCAUACAACGUUCAAGUCUUCAAGGAUCCAAAAGCCAUCUUGGUCACUUAUGCACUUCAAUUUCUCUUGGUAAUCCUUCUCUACCCUAUUCCAGAGACAGAUCCGGCACACGCAAAGAAGAAUUACUUUCGACAUUUCCUUGGCCGUCUACAUAGACCUCAAGACUUUCAAUUCAUCGUCGAUGGAAUGACUAGAAUCCUCAACCAACCUCUCAACGCAAGCACUUCGUACAUACCUGGAAACCAGCAGUCCUCGAAAUGCACCUCCGAGAUGAUCAUGCUAUUCUGGGAGAUUACUCAGUGCAACAAACGAUUUCGCUCGUUUAUCAUUGAUACCGGUCGCUCACAUGAUUUCCUCGUCCUGAUCCUUUUCUAUGCUAUCGAGUACAAGCUAGAUGCUUCAAAGCAAGGCGUAGUUCGGAUGUGUGUUUUCUUGCUACAGACUUUGAGCGUGGAGCCAAAUUUUGGGAAAAACCUUAACAAGAAAUUUGAGGCCCAAGAAACACUACCACCUACCAUCAGACUGCAGAACUUCAAUGGAACUUAUGCAGAUUUCCUCAUUCAUUCAAUCUACAACAUAAUCACAACGAGCCAAGGAAAGCUCACAGCAAUCUACCCAGCUUUAUUGGCCGUCAUCAACAACAUCGCUGCAUACUUGGAAAAUCUGAGUGCUUCCACUUCCUCAAAACUUCUUCAACUUUUCUCCUCCAUGUCUUCGCCGAGCUUCCUUCUAGCAAACGAGGGCAACCACAACUUACUACAGUCAUUGCUUGAAAGCAUGAAUGCCAUUAUCGAGCAUCAGUUUAUCAAAAAUCCAAACUUUGUCUACGCUGUUCUACGGAACCACAAGAGAUUCGAAGCACUCCGAACAUUCACGCUCGAAAGUGGUCAAGAAGAGAUCGAACGCCGAAAUCGACGUCGGAAAGAACGCCAGACGGAUCCGAAUGAUCUAGCAGAGAGCCGAAGAGGGUCCGUUGAAAGUCUUCGAAGUCCUACAACCAAUCAAUCGCAUGCACCGACUCUCAGUGAUGUACCCGAGGAUGGGACUUUUGCUAUUGGAGACGAUGACGAUGAAGAUACUGACGAUGAUAAUCGCCCUACCCCAGCAGAAUCAACACCUACGGAGCAGCCAUCGCGAGCUUCAUCAGUCUCAUCGAGUGUAGACGAUGCUGUUCCAACUCAGUUACGAGGCAUGUCGGAGAAGGCGAGAGGAAAGAUGCCAGCUGGCAUGCCAACUUUCUCGCGUGCAAAUAGUACUACAAGUCUGAAUAGUUACUCCACAGCAGCCUUCUCACUCCAUGGCGCCUUUGAGCCCACUCCGGAUUGGAUCGAGUCAUGGCUUACCGAGCUCCCACUUCACACGAUUCUCACCAUCAUUGACCAGCUUGCACCACUCCUUCCUACGCAACGCGCAUCCACCGACACUCCCUCAACUUCUAUCAUCCGCACAAUCCAAACAGCCAAGAUCACAGGCGUGGAUCCCUCGCUAAUCCGCAUCCAGUACUUCGAAUGGUCACCGCUGUCCCUCGGCUGGUACGAAUCCCUCCUCUGGUCCUUCGUUUUCACCAGCGAGAUGCAAGUUCAAAAGGGAACCGUCGGCGUCUGGAAUGGGACAGCAAUCAAGCUUUUCCGCGUCGAGACCGUCGCCCCUAGUGGUCCCACCCUGAGCUCUCCCCGCGGAGCAGUCGAUGCGGUAGGAAGCAACAUUGUGAGUCGCAUUGGCAGCAUCAAUUUGAGAGGUGUGGCUGGUGGGGGACAGGGACAGGACGCGCAGGCAGGUGGCGGUGGCGAGGGAAGGACAGACAGACCUUUGCUGGCGAGAACGGGCACGGGAAAUGGGGAACGGCCCGGGUUGAUCAGAGGGGCUAUUGUGUAGACAUGUGAAUAUGCAUAUGAUUUUUGGACGGAUAGAGGAGUGGAUGAGCGCGAUCUAAGGUGGCCAAUAUGGCAAUAGUCACAAUAGUCAUCCGCCAGGAGAUCAGUAGAGAAGUACGAGUACAGAAAGAUACAUACAAGCGAGGCGUUAGGAUUGGUCAGGCUACAGUAUUGGACUGAACUGGACUUGAGUAUCAAGACUUCUACCUCUUCUGCAUACAUAGGAAUUAUUUUUCUUUCCCGAAUUUCUUAAUUGUGACUGGUUCUUUCCUGCACUUUCCACAGCGUGACAGCGAUUCUUACUUAUGCUUGCAGACCCAGCCAAGUGAGCUUCGUGAGGUAGCCAGUCCAGUCGCACUUCCCAGCGCCACACCUCUCUCGCAGGGCUGCUGCUGGAGAGAACGAGCGGUCUGGGCAGCAGAUCUUUCCUCGUUCAACUUCAGGCCUCGCGGCCCUGCAUACACCUCUCCCCCAUUUCCAGUUUCCACCAUGUCCAUCACUUCUCGGUAUUCCCUCUCUCACCCAAUCCGCAUCAUCCACCUUUCCAGAAGUUCAAGCCACUCCUCUCUCCAAGCGAGCCAAGUCACAUUUCAUCGUGGCUGUGCAAUUCUAGGCCUUCCAGUCUUCCAGAUCGGCGGUGAUCUUUUCCUUCGUGGAGAUGGGGUCAUGCAGGGACAGCGUGGUGGCA